AUGGUGGUUGCUACGAUCAAAUGCGUUGUCGUCGGCGACGGUGCCGUCGGUAAAACAUGUCUCCUUAUCAGCUACACAACAAACAAGUUUCCGUCUGAAUACGUGCCGACCGUGUUCGACAACUACGCAGUUACGGUAAUGAUCGGUGACGAGCCGUACACACUGGGGCUUUUCGAUACGGCAGGACAAGAAGAUUACGACAGACUGCGACCCCUAUCAUACCCCCAAACGGACGUCUUUCUCGUUUGCUUUAGCGUCACAUCGCCAGCUUCGUUCGAGAACGUGAGGGAGAAGUGGUUCCCUGAGGUUCACCACCACUGUCCGGGUGUACCCUGCCUCAUCGUCGGUACACAGGUUGAUCUGAGGGAUGAUCCCAGCGUCCGGGAGAAACUGAGCAAGCAGAAGAUGCAACCAGUGCGGAGGGAGGACGGCGAGCGGAUGGCUAAGGAACUCGGUGCCGUUAAGUACGUCGAGUGCAGUGCUCUGACGCAAUACAAGUUGAAGGAUGUCUUUGAUGAGGCCAUCGUUGCUGCCCUAGAGCCGCCGACACCCAAGAGGAAAUCCAAAAAGUGCCUGAUCCUUUGA